UGCACCUCUGUGUCACAAGGAGUACGCGCCUGGUUUUAAGGUUGUCGGUCUGGUUGGCUCGCCUCUUUUGUGGAGUGGCGGAGACCAUCGGAUCGAUUGAAGCGCUCGACCCUACGAAUAUAACGGAACCUAGUCACCCUCCACCCAAACCUGGGAGAAUACAGGAACCCCCUCGACACUUCCAUAUGUGCGGAUGGUGCAUUCGAUUUCCCGAUAUAUUAACCACAUAUUUUGGGAGAGGCCAGGCCAGCAUUGCGGCAAAUGGAGAGACCAGAAAGUCUACGUUGAUGCACCUGCCUCGACUCAUUGCUGCCGAUCCACGCACGCACUCCUCAAGUGUCAUAUACUUGCGAGCGAUGUCGCGGUUAUCUCCAGUCUGUAGAGUCGAUUCCUCGCGUAGUGACAGUGUCAGCGAUGCCGACACGUCCAUCGGCGAAACUGAUGCACCCAACUCAUUCACAAUAAUUGAUACCCCUGGCUCAGCUGACGAGCCAGAACUAUACGUAACAAUACCGUCGAUCUGUCUGCGAUAUAUGAAUGCACCAUCGAGGAACAAAGAAAAUGGCACUCGGACGGACGAAGUAUUGGUCGGGUCCUCAGACUCUAUCAAGGCGACAUUGGCGGAGCCAAACGAUGCAUUGAAGCACCCAUACUCCAAGCGAAUACGACUAACUUACCUCAACCACCAUUUCGUCGUAAGAUUUGGGAUCAACAUGAUCGAGCUCAUAUUCAAACAACCUGAUUCUGUCACUUUCUUCUCCCUCAAGGUCCUAGACCUGUUUCUGAGUUGGUGGGAAAGAACCCCAUUUAUGCAAAACUAAAUCCUCCCCAACCGAGUCUUCAGCUGACUACCAUGUGAUCUGUGACUAUUAUGAACAACCAAGGCAAUUGCCGAAAAGCUUUCAAAGUCCGGGGCAUACG